AUGGAGGACGAUGGGAUGAUUUUGAACCUGGUCUGGAACGGCGAGGAUAGGGAGACCGAUGACGACGCGCAAGAGGCACCACCAGCUGUCAUGAAAGGCCACGGCAGGAAAAGGGUCUCAGUUAUACCUGGGGAUGAAGAAUUGCCACCAGCAAAGAAGUCCAAGGUGGACAAACGCGCUGGGAAGAGGUCAGGCAAGGAACGCAGAGUGCCAAGAGGCAUGGUGACGGAUGCCAUCAAUGGCCCAGGCGACCUUGGGGAUGCUGUGGGGAAUGGUGUGGCUUAUGAGGGCUUGGGCAAACAGGAGAAGCCCAUGGCAAGGGCACAGGUGGCAGGGAGGAGAGAAAGAGCUGCAAAAGGGGCCACAGUAGGCGCAGAGGGGGCAAGAGAAUUUGUCAACCGCCAUGUGGUUCAGCCGGAGGAGGCUGCUGAUGUUGCAAGCGCUGUUGCACAGAUGCUGGCUCUUGACAAGAAAUACGUUGGCGAUGAGUACUUCACCAGUGAAAAGAAGUGCAAACUAAAGGCUGUCAAGAAAGGGCAAACAUCAAAGGGGGAAGGUGGUCCGCGCCGAAAGUCAGCUGCAGAAAGGUUUGCAGGAUGGGAGCACAGGCCCUGUAAAGAGGCUGCCAAAGAUUGGGGGGACUUGGGGCUGGCCGACUCACUGUCCUGCCACCUCAAGGCUUGCGGAUUCAAAGCGCCCCAAAAACUGCAAUCGGCUGCCAUCCCUGCUGUCCUAUCUGGCCGCGACGUGCUGAUGGCGGCAGGCCCCGGCGCCGGGAAGACACUGGCGUAUCUUGCUCCGAUAGUGCAUGAUCUGCAGGCCCAGGAGCCCCGCAUAUCGCGAGGGGAGGGCACACACGCCGUUGUGCUGUGCCCCUCACGCGAGGCAUGCAGCGCUGUUGGGGAUGUUCUGGCAGUGCUCCUGAAGCGCUAUCACUGGCUCACUGGGGGUCACUUCACUGGGACAGACAACCGCGGGCAUGAGAAGGCGCGGUUGAGGAAGGGAACCACUGUUGUGGUUGCCACUGUGUCGAGACUUCUGGACCACAUGGAGAACACCGCGGCGUUCCGCGUCAACGAGCUCCGCUGGCUGGUGAUCGACCAGUGCGGCCGGCAGCUUGACAGCCGGCUGGACGCCAAGGUCCGGAUCGCGCAGCGCCGCCUGCAGGAAGGCCUCGAGAGCGCCGGCAAUCCGCGCCAGCGCAUGGUCGUCGCCACCGGGUGGCUGCACCAGAAGCUGCCCAGAUUCGUGUCCUGGGCGCUGCAGAGCCCGAUCUGCGUGGGAGUCAGGCCCGAGGCGCGGGAGGGAGAAAGGUGCGUGUUCCUUGAGGCCGAGGGGGGAAUGGGGAUUGUGGUGGACGACGGUCCCGCGGCUGGAAAAUCGGGGAUGGCAGGCAUGUCGAGGAAGGCGAGAAGGCAGAUUGGGAUGAGCGGCGCGUCGAAAGUCUGGGGGGAGAGGGGAGGCGGGCAGAGGGGAAGGGGGGCGGGAAAGGGGUGGGCGGGGAGGUAG